CAGCUCUCGCUGAGCACAGGCCCUGCCAGCUGGGGCACAGGCAGGCGAGGACCAUGGCUGGCUUUAAUGUCCGCAAUGUUCUGGUGACUGGGGCCAAUCGGGGAAUCAGCCUGGAGCUCGCCAAGCAGUUACUGGAGAAAUCAAAUCCACCCGAGUGGGUCUUUGCGACCUGCCGGGACCCGGAGGGAGAGCAAGCGCAGCAAUUGAAGAACUUGGCAUCCAGGCAUCCAAACCUGGUGAUCAUUGCGCUAGAAGCUACUGACCCAACCAGCAUCAAGGUGGCAGCUACCAGAGUUGAGGAGCAUCUGAAAAGCUCGGGGCUGAAUCUGUUGAUAAACAAUGCUGGGAUAGUGAGACCGAGCACACUAGAGUCUGAGACACCGGAGGACAUGUCCCUGGUGUAUGCAACCAACGUGACCGGGCACCUGCUGGUGAGCCAGCUGACCCGGGGGUGCUCUUUUCUACCCAUUACCUGGGAGUUCGUGCAAGUUGUCUCUUAUCGGUGCAGCAAGGCUGCUCUGAACAUGCUCACGAAGUGCCAAUCUUUGGGGUAUGAGGGAGACGGGAUCCUGAGCAUCACUGUCAAUCCUGGCUGGUUGCAGACUGACAUGGGGAGCUCAGCCUCCCACCAGGCUCCACUGAUGGUGGAUGUGAGUGUCCAAGGGAUCCUGAACGUGCUUCCAACGCUCUCCAAGAAGGACAACGGGGCCUUUGUGAACUGGGAAGGGAAAAUUCUUCCCUGGUGAGACAUCCCCUGGCCACGUGACAGGAGCCCUGGGUCAGGUCAUUCCAGUGACUGCGCCGUCAGCCGUUCCUGUGUCCUCAAUAAACCCACUGUUCUAAUGCAACAGCCCUGCCGUUGGUUGGAUUUGUACCAUUUAGCCAGCCUGAAAGCUGGGCAAGCGCUAACCCCCCUAUGCCCAGCAGAGCGGAAAGGCUGGACUCCCAAUGCCGGGGCUGUGCCAGGGCCAGGGCCGUGGCGAGUGAGAUCAGGGCAGCUCAGCACACGGAGGGCAGCAGAGC